GCAAAACCCCAAUAGCCCGGUCAGGUGGAGAUACGCAUCACCGUUAAAUUCCAGGGGUAUCCAUUGUAAUUGGACACGUGUCCCGCCCUAGCUGGUAUAAAUACAUCGGCAAAAUCCUCCCCGAAAGCUCCUCCAAACCCUCAUUCUCGGACACCACUUUUUAUCAUUCCCCAGUCCGGGUUAAUAGUAAGGAGCAACCCAAUUUGAUUUACACGAUUUUCAAAAACCAUCGCAUUUUUGGAAACCCUAGAUCCACCAACGCUCAAUCAAGAUGGUGUCUGACGCUGCCAAGAAGAGGGAUGCCCAGAAGAAGGCCGCCGCCGCAGCUCGCAGAGGAGGUAAAGCAGGUACCGCUGGGUCUAAGGCCGCCAAAGAGGCGGCGGCGGCGGCGGCCGCCGCUGCUUCUACCACGUCAGCUUCUGGUGAGAAUGGAAACGUAGCUAAUUUGUCUAAUGGAGUCGGGAUGCUUCAGAUAUCAGAUCGGACUUGCACCGGUGUGCUCUGUUCUCAUCCCUUAUCCAGGGAUAUUCGGAUAGAGUCUCUGUCACUUACGUUCCAUGGGCAUGACCUUAUAGUUGAUUCAGAACUCGAAUUAAAUUAUGGCAGACGUUAUGGUUUGCUUGGAUUGAAUGGCUGUGGGAAAUCUACUCUUCUUGCUGCAAUAGGGUGUCGGGAACUACCGAUUCCAGAGCAUAUGGAUAUUUAUCACCUUUCAAGAGAGAUUGAAGCUUCAGACAUGUCUUCUCUUCAGGCUGUUAUAAGUUGUGAUGAGGAGAGAUUACAGUUGGAGAAAGAAGCAGAAGCAUUGGCUGGACAGGACGAUGGUGGUGGUGAGGCACUUGAGCGCAUCUAUGAACGCUUAGAAGCCAUGGAUGCAGCUACUGCAGAGAAGCGAGCUGCUGAGAUCCUGUUUGGUCUUGGUUUCAACAAAAAGAUGCAAGAGAAGAAAACAAGAGACUUUUCUGGUGGCUGGAGAAUGAGGAUUGCUCUUGCAAGAGCUCUAUUUAUGAACCCCACUAUACUGUUACUCGAUGAGCCGACAAAUCAUCUAGAUCUGGAGGCCUGCGUGUGGUUAGAAGAAACUUUGAAGAACUUUGAACGUAUAUUGGUUGUGGUCUCACAUUCUCAGGAUUUUCUGAAUGGUGUAUGUACAAAUAUUAUCCAUAUGCAAAGCAAGAAGUUGAAGCUUUAUACUGGUAAUUACGACCAAUAUGUUCAGACUCGUUCCGAACUUGAAGAGAACCAGAUGAAGCAGUACAAAUGGGAGCAAGAACAGAUCGCUAACAUGAAGGAAUACAUCGCUCGCUUUGGACAUGGGUCAGCCAAACUUGCUCGCCAAGCACAGAGCAAAGAGAAAACUUUGGCUAAGAUGGAGCGAGGUGGCCUCACAGAGAAGGUGGUGAGGGACAAGGUUCUUGUUUUCCGGUUCACUGAUGUUGGGAAGCUUCCUCCUCCCGUCCUUCAGUUUGUGGAAGUUUCUUUUGGAUAUACACCUGAUAAUCUUAUAUACAAGAACCUAGACUUCGGUGUAGAUCUCGACUCUAGAGUAGCCUUGGUGGGUCCCAAUGGUGCUGGGAAAAGUACAUUGCUUAAGCUGAUGACAGGGGAUCUAGUUCCUCUUGAUGGCAUGGUACGCCGGCACAAUCACUUGAGGAUUGCUCAAUUCCAUCAGCACUUGGCUGAGAAACUUGACCUGGAGUUGUCAGCUCUUCAGUUUAUGAUAAAAGAGUAUCCUGGGAAUGAAGAGGAAAAAAUGAGAGCCGCAAUUGGCAGGUUUGGGCUAACAGGUAAAGCACAAGUUAUGCCGAUGAUGAAUCUGUCGGAUGGCCAAAGGAGCAGGGUGAUUUUUGCCUGGUUGGCUUUUAGGCAGCCCCAAAUGCUUUUACUAGAUGAACCUACUAACCAUUUGGAUAUUGAGACGAUAGAUUCACUGGCAGAGGCUCUGAAUGAAUGGGAUGGUGGCCUGGUCCUUGUUAGCCACGAUUUUAGGCUCAUAAAUCAGGUCGCCCAUGAAAUAUGGGUUUGCGAAAAUCAAACUGUGACGAGAUGGGAGGGCGACAUCAUGGGAUUCAAGGAGCACUUGAGGCAAAGGGCAGGCUUGUCUGAUUAAAUUGCGGUGGUGCGGGGUACGUUUUAUUGUGUUUCAGUCAAUCUAUUAGUUGUAUUGCUAGAAUCUCUCAGCUGCUUUCAAGAGUCAUUAUGACGAAAGUGAGAAUAGAAACCAUAUGUAUUUGGUGGUUUCUUUCAGUGGGAUCUACCAUUAUGACGGGCGACAGGGUACGUUUUAUUGUUUGAGUCAAUCAUUAGUUGUAUUGCUAGAAUCUCUCAGCUGCUUCAUGAGUGAUUAUUACGAAAAUGAGGAUAGAAAUCGUAUGUACUUGGUGGUAUCUUUCAGCGGGAUCUACUAUUAUGACGGGCUACGAUGUACUAGUAUUGUUUUUGAACUGAGCUUAUUUUUGGAUAAAUGUUUUUGCCUCGUGACAAUGACAUAUACUGUGACUACUGCUACUAUUUUGUUCCACGCCCUAAAAAAUAAAAAUUCUUCUAUUCUGGUUUUUAAUUCAC